AUGUACCAACAAGAGCCAAACAAGGAUGAAGAGAUAGAUGAGGUGUUCUAUGAGCAGCUGGCGGAUGUUGUGCAAUCACCAGCACUUCUUCUCAUGGGAGAAUUUAACUCCACAUACAUAUGCUGGAAAUACAAUACAGCCCUGAGGAAGCAGUCUAGAAGAUUCCUGGAGUGCGUGGAAGAUAGCUUCCUGACUCAGGUGGCUAGUGGUGGGACUGGAUUUGUGGGCAGAGCCCUGACCCAUUUGCUUCAGAGCCAUGGUCAUGAGGUGACCCAUGUCUCUCGACAAGGGGGCAAGAAUCGCAUCAUCUGGGAAGAGUUGUCCCGCCUUGGACUGCCCCAGUGUGAUGCAGUGGUGAACUUGGCUGGUGAGAAUGUCCUCAACCCUUUCCGCAGAUGGGGAGAUGCUUUCUGCAAGGAAGUUAUCAGCAGCCGAGUUGAAACCACCAGGACCUUGGCCAAAGCCAUUGCUGAUGCUGACCAGCCACCCAAUGCUUGGGUCGUCGUCACCGGCGUAGGCUAUUACCGCCCUAGCCCCACAGCUGAGUAUACUGAGGAUAGCCCUGGAGGGAAUUUUGACUUCUUCUCACGCCUGGUGAGCUCCUGGGAAGCUGCAGCUGUCAUCCCUGAUGGUCCAACUCGUGGUGUUCUGGUGAGAUCUGGUGUAGUUCUGGGCCGAGGUGGUGGCGCAAUCUCUCAGAUGCUCUGGCCAUUCUGGCUAGGACUGGGAGGCCCCAUAGGGUCUGGGCACCAGCCAUUCCCGUGGAUCCACAUUCAGGACCUGGCUGGGAUCAUAUGUCAUGCCCUGGAGAAUGAGUGCCUGCAAGGGGUCUUUAAUGGUGUCUCCCCAUCUUCUCCUGAAACCUCCAACAGCACCUUCACUCAGGAGUUUGCUGCAGCCCUGGGACGCCCAGCCCUACUGCCAGUGCCUGCCUGGGCCGUGCGAGCUGUCUUUGGGGUCGAGCGGGCUGUUAUGUUGUUGGAGGGCCAGAAAGUGGUACCAAAGCGCACCCUGGAGAGCGGCUACCAUUUCAUCUUUCCUGACCUUUCUGCAGCUUUGAAGGACAUUGUGGCUUGAGCAUUCCUUGUUCAGGCUGUUUAGGGCCUUGUUUUUGUGGUUCCCUGGCUCAUAUACCUUCCCUUGGGUGAAAGAGGGUGUCUUUUCCUGUUCUGUCUUCUUUUGUGCAUCGCCAGUUUAGGAGACAUCCUUCCUAUUUCCAACUGCAAUCUCCACAUCACCUGCUUUUGGUGAAGGGCACGGACCUCUUUAAGGAUUGUGACCGCUGAAUAUGUCAUCUCUUCCACAACAUGUAUAUGAGCUGCUCACAGAGCACCUUGGGGGAAGGAUGUCUCUGCCCCCUGCAAAAGAGGUAUGCUAGCAGGGAAGAUUUUCAGGUGUUGUAACUCUUCUCCAUGUUACUGGAAGUCCCUCUUCCUGUUUUUCCCAAUGUCUUUCACCACAUGAUCACAAGAGACUUAGUUAAGCUCUUCCGUUUUGCUCGUCUCAAUCUGAUAAUAAAUUGUAAUUAAUUAAUUGUAAGCUUGUAAUUAAGCUAGGAGGGGAUCCAUUUGAGGGGAUACAGAGAGUGAUGGAUAUGGGUGACUUGGAGACCUUGCCUUCUCCUUUUUUUCAGGUAGAUUCAUGCUAGAGCAAAGGUGUCAGAACCUCCAGCUGACUCGGCCUGAGCAUCGUGCCCCUACAGGUGGAUUUGCAGGAUUCCAUAGUACACAAGGGUUUUCAUUCAUAGGUUUUCCUGCUUUAUGACAAGUGUGGGGUUAUUCUGGGUCGUGCCUGCGUGCACAAGGGGAAGGGUCUGGGGUGCCUGCGAGCACAGUGGGGGGGAUCCUGAGUUCCUGGGUGGGAUGCUUUGGCACUAUAUAAGAUGCUGUCACGCAGCAAUAAAUUGGCUUACGGCACAGAACGCUGGUCGUUGUGUCCGUUUGUCCCGGGGUUUUUGGUCGGGGUAUCCGACAACGAGUUACUACAAAUCACUGCUAGCAUGUACACAUGUGUUUAAUAACACAAGUAUAUUUAUCGAGCAAUUAUGAAUUAUUAUCAGGAAAACAAGUGUGUGUGUAUUUUUAUGUGUUUAUAUAUAACAAGUCAAUAGCAGUAGUCAGUAAUAAAGCAGUAAGCAUAUA